AUGAAUAAUAAAUCGCGAAGCUUUCCAAGCAUAUACAAUUUAAACAUCAGUUCUAGUGAAUCUAAUCAUGGUGAUUCUGAUCGCAGCCAAGAGUUUGGAAACGAGGUCAAACCGGCGUUAUCUGACUUAAUUUCAAGACAUACUUUCAGAUAUGACACAAGAAGACCAAUAUCGCACAAUGCCGAGCUGUAUGGCUCAGACUUCUUGGAUUCUACACAGGACCACGUCACUGUUGUGUUCAACUGGAACUAUGGUGGAAACGAGGUGUAUUUAGUUGAAUAUAACGAGGACGAGAAUAAGAAUACUAGAGUCAUUAAGAUGAUUAAAAGCACUAACUGUUUUACAACCAUACAGGAACUACCUAAAAAGCUAUUUAAAUACCGUUAUCUAGUGGAUAACGUUUAUCAAUACUCUCCAGAUGAUGCUUGCGUUAGUACAGCCGACGGCGUGAUCAACUACAUAGAUAUAACCAAUUUUAAAUCGACAGACUAUACAAUUCCUCGACAAAAUGAACAAUUUACGACUGGCAAAUAUGGAAAUGAAAUGCCUGGAUUCAACUACUCAUCUAUAGAACCUCCGGGUUUUCCAGAAAUUUUAAACUACAGAUCGCCGGACUUUGAUAACCCGGAUCGUGUGUAUAGUGAAAUACAUAUAUUAUCUAAUCACAUUUACGAGGAUAAGAGUACAGAAUCAUUUCUUGGGGGGAAGUACAAAAGUUAUAUGUCGUUGUAUAGAUGGGCUAAUGAACUCACAAAUAUACCAUCUUCCACAAAUUUAUAUCGACUUUUGAACCUGUUAUUAUGCCAGUUGUACCCGGCCUAUAGAACCUUUUUAUUCCUAUACAAAAAUAACAAUUAUGCGGUAACAACCAGUCAUCCGCCCACAAACAGCGGUAACACAACCACUGAUACGACACCUCAUACAGCUAGAGAAAGUACUGAAUCAGCAGGAACUGAUCCAGUCAAGAAUGAUAGAAGGCUGGGAGAGAGAGAACUGUGUAGGGAAGCAGUAAGUAAGGAAUCGUAUUUAAAAUGCGUUUACACGGCCCAUCACUUGUUAUAUUGGGCCAUGUAUUUAACAAAUUCAUACUUUGAAAGUUUGUUGCCAUUCCUAAAGCUUUUGCCGUUGUAUAAAGAAGCUAAGUUGGUUUUCUUUUUCUGGCUGGGAUCAGAUCACUUUAAAGGAGCUGGAUAUUUAUACCACACAUAUUUGCAAAAGUUGUUGUUAAAUUUGUCAGAUUACUUGACGAAUUUUUUCAACACUCGUUUGGACAAUGCCACCAGAGAGAACCUUAAACAAUUCGUGAACACAUAUAGAUAUCAAACUUGA